UUACAAAGUGAUUUCAAUAGACACAAAAAAAGACUUCAGAUCCAGGCGAUUCAAGAAUUAUAUGUUAAGCGCAAACAUGAAAAAAGUUACUAAUGAAGAUGAAGAUGUCCGUAAAAACAGAGAUAAAUGCUUUGAAACGUAUAAUAAAUUGUGUUGUGAAUUUAUGGAUGGUACAGAUAGAGUUUAUGGAGGCGACUCAGGUGCUCCACUAAUCAAUUUUAAUACAAAUGAUGAAACGACGGGCAAUUUAGUCGCCAUCGGCAUUCUAAGUUACGAUAUUCUAAUCACCAAAAAGAGCGACAAAACAGUUAUUUCCUAUGUCGUGAAGUUUGUUGACAUUUUUGAAUACCGUAAUCUAAUAAGAGGCACUGACGACGUCCAAUUAUACAACUGUGAAAAAAGGAUAGAAAAAGAAAAUGAAGUACAACAAACAGCAACAACAACAGACGAUUAAUAAGUCAAAAACAAUUUGAACAAUAACAGUAGUUUAAGUUUAAAUCAACUUUAUUCUUGACGUAUAAAGUAAGAAAAUCAAUUUAAUCUUUAAUACAUGUCAUAUGAAAAUACUUAGAAAAAUAAUACAUGAGGUCAUUAUUGUUAUCAAUAAAAUAUAAUAAAAAUUAAAUCAAUUUUU